AUGACUAAAACGAACGGAAAAACGGAACUGUGUAUCCGGGGCUUGGAACUGCAGCACAACGUGUACGCUGGAAAAAGAGAUCUCAUAGUGAAGAAAAUCUUGAUGAUGCACGAUGAUGCUGAUGACAAGAAUUUGUCAAUUUUCAUCGACAAACCUACCGCCACAUGGAACUGGGAUGUGUAUGAUCACGGUAUACAAAUGAAGGAAGAAAUAGAUACUCUUAUGGCAAAACUAAGCUCCCUGAUGCCACCAUCACGGCCCGGGGAUAGAAUGAACUAUACCGUUACCUGUUACGACGUUAAAAUUGUAAUCCCCGUCUUCAAAUCGGAUUUGAAGCUAGAAAUAGUGAUCGAGAAAGUGAUCAUCAAAAUAACCGAUAAGUUUUCCUAUCGCUUGUACGGUGUUACAAUAUCGCAAAAUGUGCGCAUCAUAGCUAAGUACGUACUACUGUGCAUCGAGUCGGGUAUCAAAGGAUUUUGGACAAUCGUCGUCGACGGUGAAGGCGAAAUGACACCAAGAGUAGCAUUUCUUUGUGGUCUAUUGGUCAUCAUAUUACUAGCGCUUGCCGGUGUGAUAUGGAGCAUUGAAACGUUCACAACAUGGAUGUUCCAGACCGGUAUAAUUUUCGGCCUUUUUUCCUUGUUCCCGAAUCUUUUCACUAGUAUUGCGACUGCUGCGGUGCAAGCCGUUCUGCUGUACUGGGUACCUAGCAGCUUUUUGUGGACAGUAGCGCAUGUCAAGAUGCAAAGCAUGAAAUUUUCACAUGCUCCGAACACCACACGGCUGGAGCUUUCGUUUGAAGGAAUCGUUUCGAUUUAUCAAGAUAUUACUACCAAUGUAAGAUCAUUGACGAUUGCGUUGGACAUCAGUUCAAGCGUAUUGCCAUGGAUUACGAUCACCAUCGUCGAUCCGUUUGUUUGCAAGAGCAUCUCUAACACACAAACUUCCAACCAGACAAGAAACUCGUUACCCGUCAGCGAACCUAACCCCCCAGCAGAACCAACGUAUCUGGGUCGAUUUUUGAAUUCCGACAAUGGUGGGCUGUUAUAGCUUUUAUUGCGGAACGUAAAGUUUCUCGCUACAAACGGUACCGUGCGGAUUGUCGAUAGGACAAAGUCAUUUGAGUUUUACGUUGAUGCACAGUUCGAAGAGUUUGGACUGUGCGAACAUCGAUCCAUCUGUGAGGAUCUUAUGUACACUGACGAGUAUAAGCUGCUGUACGUGCGGAAGUUUAAUGCAAAGAUUUUUGUUAAAUCGGACGCAUGUGCAACACUGCACUGUAGCUACUUCUCGCUUCACAUGGCCAAUACUGCCGGGAAACGUGAUCGGCCAUACAGCAACAACUCGCUGAAUAUGCUGCUCGGUCGUCAGCAUUGGAUUUUUGACGUGUGGAUACAGCUGGCUGGAUUUUAUCUUGGGACCUACGAGCUAAACGAAAACGUGCAUCCACGGGGUGAAAUAUUUUUCGCUCGGCAGAUCGAGAUUAAGGUGACAAGCGUUAAAAACACGGGAAAGUUACAAAUGAAAGUGGAACUUCCCAUAUGUCUGGAGUAUAGCCCGGAGUUGGCCCGUUUCAUUGAAUGGGUGUUUCGCUGUAUGGCUCAUUAUCGACCAACUGAACCAACGAACAAUACUAUCAGUGCCCGGCCCAUUCCAACCAAAGAAAAAACGUUCCCGGCAGCGCUAGACAUGGAGAUCGACGUUACCUUGGGCAUGGUGUCGUGUCUACUGUGGAACGAACAUAACUCCUGUUUGUUGGUAAAUUGGAAAAGUCUUUCGAUGGUUAAAGCGAGUGGUGAAACGAGAAUUCAUAUCUACAAUAUGGCUCUACAGUUGGGCGAUUACACGGAAUUUACCAACGCAGAGCAAGACAACGAGAACCUUACAGUGAAGCAAAUCAUAAUAACCCAUGGGGAUGAUAAUCCCUACAUUCAGGACCUAUUCAUUUCCUUAGAAAAACCGAUCGUCACGUGGAACUCGGACGUACAUAAACACAUCAAGCAAAUGCUGGAAGAAGUACAGAUACUUGCAGCGAAGUUGAAACCACUGAUGCCCCCACCACAGCCGGGCAAAAGUGUACACGGAAGCAUUAUCUGGCACGACGUGAGAAUACUCAUUCCCGUCACUAGUCACGGUCCUACGGUGGAAAUAAAGAGCUCAAGAUUAACUCUCCGAGACGCCGGAAAGCAGUCCUUUUCCAUGUGGGAUACUGUUAUAUCGGCAGGUAUAAUAUCGAUAGCGAAGCACAAAUUCAUUUGCAUCGAAUCGGAAGACACCGAAACGAGAGGUGGCUGGAUAAUGACAACCUACGAUAGGAAACCCUUUGAAAUUAAUAAAACUUCAUUGUAUAAGAUAGUUUUUAACGGAUUCGUGCCCAUUUACGAGUGGCUCAAGCAGUGGUGGUAA